CCACCACCACCCAUCAUUUUCUUUUUGUCUUGCCGUUCUCAGUAUAUCUUGAAUUACCGCCAUCCAGGCGACAUCAAGACUGCUGCCCACCUCCCUCGACGUCUUCCUACCUCGAAGGUUACCCUUGUACUCUCAGCUUUAUCUAGGCUCUACAAGCACGUUCUCGAAUACGACUCCGUUAUCUGCCUCCAGCACGCUAAGUCUGAUCACGAAAGGAUCAAGGCACGCCUACAACUUUUGUAUCCUACUAUGUCCUGCGAGUUGAAACAGGAGGCCAAUGCGCAAAGCAAAACGUUCAGCGCCAUGGAAGAGAGACUACAGCGACAAAUUGAUGCCUUGGGCUCACGCGUUGGUUCUUUGGAAAGAUAUAAGGAGGACUGCGAGCGGAAUUUCGAGGAUCAACUUCGAUAUGAGACUGUGGACCGCUUCUGUCGAGGUCUGACCGACAUUCUGCAGAAGAAAAUCGUCAAUCUAAAUGCCAUGCUCCAUGAUUUGUCAUCUAGGCUAGAAAACGAAGCCUUGAGAUAUCCUCCUAAUGCUUUCGUGUUUCUCAGCUACUAUCUUCAUUACGACGACGACAACCUGCCGGAGGUCUUCCAUCUGUUUCCUCUAGAAUUUCAUCGAAGGAAUGUCGCCACCCUCAGUUGCAUCAUACCGAGCUCUGGAACGGCCUUGAAUGCUCUCAGUCUUCUUGUCGAUGGUCCUCAUGGUCGUGAUAUUAAACUUCUCACCCACUUUUGGGCAGUCCGCGCUAGUUUUGGCACCGAAGAGAGUUCUUCAGCACACCCGGUCCCAGGCCUCAACUUGGCAUAUGAAACCCUUCAAAAUCUUGUCGAUGACCCGGAACAACAAGCCCAGAUACGAGACAUUUUACCCUUACUUGUUGACGUCGGCGGAUACGGUGUCAAUCGAAAUGUCAAGUACUUCUCGUCAGCUGUGUUGUGAGCUCUAGCUUGUUUUUACCACAGUCCUCGUAUAUCCUUCCAUUUUCUUUUGUUCUAGUGUAGUAUUCAAGAUUGGAGUACAGAACCUCGUUCUAUUCGGCUGUCGGUAUUCCACAUCUUUAUCCAAUAUAAAUGCAGAAUAAAACCAACAGCCAUUUUUAUUCCCCUCCAUCUAUGUCAGCGUAG